AAAAUUUAUGUUAUAUAAAAGAAAAUAAUGUGAUAAUCUAAAUACCUAUAGUAUUUUUGUGUCUAUGUUAAAAAGUGUUUGUAAAAAUGUUGUUAAUUAAGCCUAAAUUUGUUGAAAAGUGUAUAUCCAGAAGGUUCUUUUCUGAUGGCAAUGUUAUUAAACCAUUUGAAUCAAUACCAGGUCCAAAAUCACUUCCAAUUUUGGGAACUUUACAUAAAUAUUUACCAUACUUUGGACCAUACCACUUUGACCGCUUGCACAAAAAUGGUUUAAAAAAACUCAACAAAUUUGGACCAAUUGUCAGAGAAGAAAUUGUACCUGGUGUAUUCCUUGUUUGGCUGUUUAAACCUGAAGAUAUUGAAACAUUAUUCAGAGUUGAAGGAAAAUAUCCUCAACGGAGAAGCCACUUGGCUUUAGAGAAAUACAGACUGGAUAGGCCAAAUGUGUAUAACACUGGUGGAUUGUUGCCAACAAAUGGACCAGAGUGGUGGAGAUUGAGAAGAGUCUUUCAAAAAGGUCUAAGUAGUCCAAGUGCUGUGCAGAAUUUUUUGGCUGGUACCAAUGAUGUCAUGCAUUUGUGGUUAAGGAGGAUCAAUGAUCUAAAAUCAACAGAAAAAUAUGAUUAUUUGCCAGAACUAUCAAGACUUUUCUUAGAAUUGACUUGUCUAGCAACUCUUGAUAUUCGGUUAGACAGUUUCUCUUAUCAAGAGUUAAAAUCCAAUUCCAGAUCAUCAAAAUUAAUGCAAGCUGCACUUAACACAAAUAAAUGCGUUUUAAAGACAGACAAUGGUCUUCAAAUAUGGAAGAAAAUCGACACCCCCUUGUAUAGGAAAUUGAAAAGGUCGCAAAAAUAUAUGGAAGAAGUUGCUAUUGAUUUGUUAUCCUUAAAAAUGUCUCUAUUUAAUGAUGGUUCAAGAAAUACUCCUACAUUAUUACAAAGUUAUUUAUCAUCUCCUGAAUUGGAUUUUAAAGACAUUAUUGGGAUGGUGUGUGAUUUUCUGCUUGCUGGUAUAGAUACUACAACUUAUUCCUCAUGUUUCCUAUUAUAUCAUAUAGCUAAGAACUCUCCUGUUCAGUGUUUGUUAUAUGAAGAAGCUAAAAAGUUAUUGCCGACAACCAAUAGUCCAGUCACUAUGGAAGUUUUAGCUGAAGCUCACUAUGCAAAGGCUGUGCUGAAAGAGUCAUUAAGAUUAAGACCAAUUUCCAUUGGAAUUGGAAGAGUAUUAGAGGAUGACGCUGAAUUUUCGAAUUAUCAUGUACCGAAAGGGACGGUCGUUGUAAGCCAGAAUCAAGUGUCAUGUCGUCUAGAGCAGUACUUCCCUACUCCGCAUGAGUUCAAACCCGAAAGAUGGUUGAAAGAUCAUCCUCUUUAUAUGAAACCUCAUCCAUAUUUGCUACUACCUUUUGGUCAUGGACCAAGGGCUUGUAUCGCAAGACGUAUGGCCGAGCAAAAUAUGCUCGUCCUGAUGUUGAAAUUAAUAAGGAAUUACAAAAUUCAAUGGAGAGGAAACAUCUUGGAUUCCAGAUCGCUGUUAAUCAAUAAACCGGACGGUCCAAUUAACUUGAAAUUUACUAAGAGGGAAUAGAAUGUUCUCUAUCUUUUUUAAUUGAAAUGCUGUGCAUUUUUAAAUCCAAUUGUUAUAUU